AUGAACGCUAUUGCUACCACUUCGGCUCCUGUGGUUAAUAAUUGGCAAACUGAUCUAGACAAUGGUCAAGCCGGUUUAAACGAGAACAUUCGAGACUAUUUGGAACAGAAUAAUCAGAAUAUUCCAGUAUUUGAUCUUUCUGAUGAUUCUGUUCAGGUGUAUAAUAAUAUCGUUGAUAGGCUUCAAUCACCAAACGAGGAUGAACGUAACAGGAGCAUUGAAGUUCUGGCAGAUCUUAUAGCUAAUAAGCAAAUAAACCUGAUUAUGUUUUUGAGGUUAUGGCACUGUCUGAUUGAAUGUCUAAAGAUGUCCACAGUAACCGAUAUGCCCUAUACUAUUAGUAACCUUAUGGGUGUUAUCAAUAACCUAAAUUUAAUUCCAUUUGUCAAAUCGUUUUGGACGACUAUAAAAAAAGAGUGGAAUAAUAUUGAUAGUCACAGAAUCUAUAAAUUAUAUGAUAUGAUCAGAUCUUUUAUUAGAGCAUUACUCACAAGAAUUUCUCGUGACGGUUGGAAUAACUUACCGAUUUCAACAAUGGCGGAAUCAACGUUGGAAGAUCCCGAUGUGCCUGAUGGUAUUAAAUAUCAUUUAUGUGAUGUAUACGUCGAUGAAAUGACUUUCGUGGGAAAUUUGGUUGAAUGGAGAAUCCCGAUAGCGCAGCUACUACAACCUUUCCAAUCUCCCCUUACUAAAAGUAAAAAUAAAAAUUUGAUAAAGAAAAUCUUGGAGGAUGUGCUUGAAAAAAUAUUGACAGUUAUUCCGAUCGGUUAUGGGGCGUUCCAUAUUAGAGCUGAAUUAACAACAAUCAUACAAUGGAUGAUUGCUAUUGUCAAUAAUGUUGAUACGUCUGCAACAUGUAGAAACCAAGCAAAGAUAAUUGCACAGAAAUAUAUUCAAACUAUUACCGAAAUCACUGAUAGAUUGUCCAUUGAUACUGCAGAUAUCAACGAUACGAUGGAGGUUGAUAUUCCAAAUGGUAUUGCCAGUAGUAGCACAUCUGAAACUCCCAAUGGCGACAGAUGCCGAAGAUCUUCGAAGUCUAUUAGCUGGGGUGUUAACGUUACACGAGUUAAUUAUUAUACGAUUUACGUGAUUCCAGAGUACGUUAAGGAUAGCACAGUCUCAUCAAACACUUUAGUUACACCAUCUACCCCACCUCGUGGCAUUCUUAAGCGCAGGCAUGAAGAAGUAGAAAUUCAUAGAAUGACCAGAUCAACCUUAAUGCCUGUGAAAAAAUUUCGCGAAGACAAAAACUAA